GUCCCAAAACGCUCGAAAACACACUCAACAUGUUCACUAAAGUGUUCUUCGUAGUUCUGCUCGCCAUCGUCGCGACCUCGGCUAAGCCUUUGGUGCCACUGGCUUACACUGCAGCGGCUGCACCAUUCGUUGCAGCUCCAGCCGUAACGGUGGCUUCGCCUUAUGUGACAUCGUACGCGACGGCACCUGCUCUGGCCGCUUAUUCUGCUCCAUAUGCGUCGGCAUAUACCGCCGGAUUCCCGUACACGGCCGCUCUUCCAUACGCAGCUGCCGCUCCUUACACGUCCAUUGUUCUGUAGACAUUAUCAGUGGUAUCGCGAUGACGAAAUGAAUUACAACUAAUGGAUCAGAA